CAUCAACCCAAAACUCACACACAAACAAAAACAAUAGACUAAAGAUGGGUUUCAUUGCUAAGAGUGUUUUGCUAACUCUCUUAGCACUUUGCUGCUUCACUUCCUCUGUUUUGACUACAGCUCUACCUCCUCUCAAAUCUCCGAUCAAACUACCAACACUCCCACCGGCCAAAUCUCCGAUCAAGCUACCAACUUUCCCACCGGCCAAAGCUCCGAUCAAGCUACCAACUUUCCCACCGGCCAAAGCUCCCAUCAAACUACCAACUUACCCACCAGCCAAAGCUCCAAUCAAACUACCAACAUUCCCACCAACCAAAGCUCCGAUCAAGCUACCAACUUUCCCACCAGCCAAAGCUCCGAUUAAGCUACCAACAUUCCCACCAGCCAAAGCUCCGAUCAAGCUGCCAACUUUCCCACCAGCCAAAGCUCCGAUCAAGCCUCCGGUUCUCCCACCGCUUUCCCCUCCUAAGUUCAUGAGAACUCUAGUGGCUGUGCGGGGUAUGGUCUACUGCAAAGCAUGCAAAUACGCCGGUGUAAACAACCUCCAAGGCGCCAAACCCGUUAAAGGUGCGGUGGUGAGACUUCUGUGCAAGAACAAGAAGAACGUGAUAUCGGAGACGAAGACGGACAAGAACGGAUACUUCUUAAUCUACGCCCCCAAGACGGUGACCAACUACGGAAUCAAAGGUUGCCGAGCUUACCUAGUUAAGUCGCCAAACUCCAAAUGCAGCAAAGUGUCGAAGCUCCACGGUGGAUAUAUGGGCUCCGUUCUAAAGCCGGUCGUGAAACCGGAAAAUUCCACGGUCAUCGUCAACAAGCUCACGUACGGUCUUUUCAACGUUGGUCCAUUCGCAUUCGAGCCUGUCUGCCCCAAAUGAGAUGGUUUUAAUACUAGCUAGUAAUUAAACUUUGAUUAUGCGGAAAAAAAAAAACUUUGAUUAUGCGGAUUCAACACAGUUUUAAUGAUUGUGUUGAAUGUAUCCAAGUUUG